CAUACCAUUGAAGCUGCCCAUCAGCACACAGCAUAAUACAUAGAAACUCUAGUAUUCUACAGUCACUGAGUUUGUUGUCGCCUGACACCACUUCCUUGAAGAUGGCCCUGAGCAGUGUUGUUUGGGUGCACUGGAUUCCUGCCAUUAUCGCGGCUUGUGUGGCCCUUGUGAAUGGGCAUGAAGUUCCAGAGGGACACUCCAUCACCCUGCCCUGCGGUUACUCUGUCAGAAGGAAUGGAUUAAGUGCCGCGUGCUGGGGAAGGGGUUGUGGCACCAUGUGGUGCAGUGAUGAAAUCAUUCAAACCGACGGGAACCGCGUCACCUCCAAACUGUCAGAGCGGUACCGCUUAAAUGGGAAUAUACUGGAUGGUAAUUUGGCUCUGACUAUACUGAACACAGGGAAAGCAGACAGCGGAUCAUACUGCUGCAGGGUGGACAUUGCUGGAUACUUUAAUGAUCUAAAGGUAUCUUUAACUUUAAAAGUUGUAAAAGCUCCUGCAUUGACGACAGCACUGCCAAACCCACUUCUCCCAACCUUCGGAACUGAGAAUCACAACACAUCAGGGCCACAUCCCCCCACAAGCAGUUGGAGUGGUGGAAAUUCUUCCCAACUGUCAGCAAAACCAAAGCGGAAUUCCAGUCUUCUGCAAACGGGUGACAUUGAAGGAAGUGCUUUAAAAAGUGAUUCAUUCAAUGUUCCUGUUGUGGCUCUAUGUGUAUCGGCAGUCAUCCUGCUCUUAAUAAUUGCUCUAGCAAUUCUUCUUGUUUUUAAACGUAAACUUUUAAAAGGAGCUCAGAAACACAUUGGAAGUACAAGGCCUACAGUAACACUGGAACCCAAGCACAUCAUUUAUCAAAUGCAGACUGGCAGACAAGUGGAAGAAAAUAUUUACAGUUUGGAUUAGCUGUCUGUCUACCACAGCACCCCACCUUCCUCUAACCUGCUUCCAGAUCACCUUUACCUUCGUCCGAUUGAAUCAGAACAACUCAGGGUUUCUUAACUGAGAGCUCACAUCAGCAUUCUGAUUGACCACAUGCUUGUGUUUAUUAUUUAUUCAUUUGGUGGGUUAUUUUAUUACACUGAUUACAGAUUACAGACAAUUUACUAAAUCCAAACUCACACACAGCAGGCUAUUUCAAUUUAUUAUUAUUCAUUCUUUUCAUAAUUUGCACUUUCUCCAGCAUUUUGGCUUAACAGUUGAGCAGCACAUAUACUGUUAUAAAAGUAAUGAAGAAAAAUGAUACAAUUAUUUAAAACACACUGUUAGCAGCAGGGUAGCCUGAACAGACAGCAAUUUACAGAAAACACAAAGUUACUAUUAAACUACAGCUCACAAUGUAUAUACAAUUCAUUGAGAUUACUCAGUGCUGUGCCUGGGGCAGCCUUUUCCUGGUACAAAAUAGGUCAGGCCCUACAAUAAAAAAAGAAUUGCUAGUGUUAUGAAACUAGAGCGCAUGCAGAGGGCAUGUUCUAAGACAAGGCUGUCAAACUCCUGGAGGGCCACAGUGUCUUCCAUUCCACCCGAGCUCUCAAUUACUGAAUUGGUCUAAUUAUUUGAUUAAUUGGACACAUUUUACACUUCUCUCCAGGCCUCAAAAUGUUUUAUAGGUUGUGUACCUUGAAUUAAGUGUAUUGAAAAUAUAUGAAAUAUGUCCAAAUAAACAAAAAAUGUGAUCAAUUAUGUUAAUUGAGAGCUUAAUUUGGAAUGAAAAACCAGAAGACCCUGCGGCCCUCGGACUGGAGUUUGACAUUCCUGUUCUGGCUUUAGCAGGAUUUUAUUCUAUUUAGGAAAAAGAAAAGCAAAAGUGUGUAAACGUGACCAAUUCCUUUGUAUUCCUGAGGAGGCAAAUGUAGUGUAACUAUAUUAAUUACGAGACCAUUUUAGCUCCAUGUUUGCUCCCAAGCUUUAUGUAUACUGCAGAUCCACAUGAUCAUCAAAUCUUAGUUUUAUAUGUAACCAAAACUAUUAAAAAAUAUUGUUGUAGUAAACAAA